CACACCCGUAACAGACAUCACAAUUUGCCGUUGCGAAGGAAAACCCAACAAACCGCGACCGAAAAAAGGAUCACACAGCUUGACAGCCGCCAUGGCUUUCCGCCAAUCGACGCUGCCACCGCUCCCUGGCAACUCCUUCAAUACUGACCAGGCGCCAAAGCCCCGCAAGCAACAGCUGACGUUCGCAAACGGCGUUCCCGUCGUCCUCUCAGAUUCAGACAAAGCAAAGCGCGUCCCCAGCUCCACUCUGCGCAGUGAUCCCACCGUUGCCAAGCAGCCAGCAUGGCUCGUCUUUGACCGACAGACGCUGUCGUUUGACGCGUACUUUCAGGAGGCGGUGCACGAGCGGCGCGAGGAGCACUUUCGCGUUCGCAAGUGCAAGAUCUUCUUCUUUCCCGAGGACGACACUCUGGAGGUCAUUGAGCCUCCAAAGGCAGACAGCGGUCUCCCGCAAGGCAAGCUGCUGCGACGACACCGCGUGCCCAAGCCUGCGCCGCGCGAUGACGAGUUUUACGAGGUGGAGGACUUCAACGUCGGCAAGGAGAUUACCAUCUACGGGCGCACGUUCCUGAUCUACGACUGCGACAAAUUCACGCGUGACUUCCUCACCAAGCUCGGCGUCAGCGUCGGCCAGCCACUCCAGCCGCCAACAGACCCAUACUCAACCCUCCGCGAGAACGCCAAGGCGACGCAGGUGCCGCUUCGCCCAUACGAGCGCCAGGACAAGCUCAAGCAGUUUCUCGAAAACGACCGCAAGGUCCUCCGCUUCUACUGCCUCUGGGACGACUCUGACAGCGAGUUUGGGGAGAAGCGGUAUCUUGUGUUGCACUACUUCCUUGCGGACGACACACUUGAGAUCCGUGAGGUGCAGCAGCCAAACAGCGGCCGCGAUGGACCAGGGGUCUUCCUGCGGCGCCAGAAGCUGCCAAAGGACCACCACGGCCAAACCAAGGUGCCGGGCGCCGUCACCAGCAGAACCCUCCUCAACGUCUUUGCCCCGUCAGGGCUGCAAGGCCGACACAUUCUCGACAGCCUGCACACGGGCAGUGGCGAGUCAGCACACUACACAGACAAGGACCUUGAGAUUGGUGCUGAGAUCAACGUGUAUGGCCGCACGGUCCUGCUGUGCGACUGCGACGAUUUUACAAAGGCAUACUACAAGGAGAAGUAUGGCAUGGACCACUUUGAGCCCAUCCACGUCGAAGAGCCGGAGGAUGAGAUCCCGCGCAUGCCAACACCGCCGCACACGGGCUUUGGCACGGAGGAGGACUCGCUCGUCAGCGUCAACCACCUCAUCCUCAAGCCCCCAAAGCGCCAGUUCAAGAAGUGGUUCGAGGAAGGGUCGCGCUCGCUGCAGUUUAAGGCGCGCAUGGACACGGACAACCCCGUGGAUAUGGACCGUGAGUUUGCCAUCACAUUCUACCUCGCCGACGACACCCUCGCCAUCUUCGAGAGCCGCAAGCGCAACUCGGGCAUCGCCGGAGGCAAGUUCCUUGAGCGCUGCCAGCUGAAGGUGCCAGGCACAUCUCGCGCGUACGGUGUUGAGGACUUCCGCCUUGGUGCUGUCAUCGAAGCCAACAAGCACAGGUUCCUCCUCACAGACGCAUCCGACUUUACGUUUACCUUCAUGGAGCAAAACAAGAUGCCGGAGAGCGACGUGGACGCUGUGUCUGCGAAAGCAAGACAAUCACUUCGCGACAAUGCACCGAGCGUGCAGGCGGCCCUUCAGGGCGCAGACUCAGUGGAGCAUGGGGUGCUGCCACUGGACGUGUUUGAGGGCGUGAUUGUGCAGCACACGGCCGACCUGACACUGCAGGAGAUUCGCACACUCGCUCGCCACUUUGCCGAGGGUGGCGAUGCACGCAACAAUGGUAUCAACUAUCAGCGCUUCACUGAGGAGAUCCUGCACGCAGAUGCCUGAUCGCAUGCCUGCCUUGUGUGUUUGUCCUUCUGUCCUGUGCGUGCGUCCCCCCGCCCCGUCCACGUGUAUUUUGCUUAACGUGUUGUGGUUUUGUUGCAUCAUAUCAACACACCAUACUGCCCUGGUGCCUCGUGCCCCCCUGCCCUGCUUCUUGUCCUUGCUUGUCUUUUCCAUUACAGCCUACCGGUUG